UAUGUUUACAGGCACACGCUUAUCAAAUAUUAUCUUUGGGACGGGUAAGACCAAGUUUCUUUCUCAAUCAGACAAUCGCUGGCCGUCGUCAAGUGAUGCAGGUCUAUCUACAAACUGUUCUAAGCACUUAACAGUGUGUAGUGUGUACCUACGCUGUCGCCCUUCAGUACGAAAGCGGCAACUAAACGAAUUACAACUCGAUAUAAUAGUUAAAAAUGUGGGUAGCUUCUAUUAUUAGCAUUUUAUUUCUGAGUGCUGUAAUUUGUGAUCCAGUAGUAAGGAUUACAAAAGGUGCAAUAAGAGGACUAACUUCAAAAUCAAGAGAUGGCCGAGAUUUUUAUUCUUUUACUGCCAUACCAUAUGCAAAGCCACCAAUUGAUGAACUUAGAUUUGAGCCUCCAGUAGCAGUAGAUUCUUGGGGGGGUAUUUUAGAUGCCACCCAAGAAUCAAAUAUGUGUACACAAAAUAAUCAUUUCUUCCCAGCAAUUAGACACUUAACACUUGGCCAGGAAGACUGUUUGUAUUUGAAUGUCUAUACACCAAAUAUAAAUGGAAAACUUCCAGUAAUGAUUUGGAUUCACGGUGGAGGAUUUCUCGCUGGUCAUAGCGGGUCAAACAUAUUUGGACCUGAAUAUUUUAUGGAUAAUGAUGUUGUUUUGGUGUCCAUAAACUACAGGCUUGGAUUAUUUGGGUUUAUAAGCACCGAAGAUGAUGUGAUACCGGGUAACUAUGGACUCAAAGAUCAAGUCAUGGCAUUGCGUUGGGUCCAAGAAAAUAUUGCUAACUUUGGCGGUGAUCCUGGACAGGUGACAAUAUUUGGCGAAAGCGCGGGUGGUGCCAGUGUAGGAUAUCAUUUAUUAUCUCCGUUAAGUAAAGGCCUGUUCCAUAAAGCCAUACUCCAGAGCGGUACACCUUUGUGUCGUUGGGCUGUUUCUCCACCUGGAUUAGUCCGUAAACGUACAGAAGCAGUUGCUACUAUCGCGGGAUGUAAUUUCGAUAAUUCUGAAGAAAUAUUGAAAUGUUUAAAAAAACUUCCAGCUAAAUAUGUGGUCGAACUUCAUAAUAAAUUUUUCGAGUGGAUCAAUCAUCCAUGCAUAAUAUUCCCACCUGUAGUUGAAUCAUGCGAUUCAAACCAGGAAUCGUUCCUAUGUAAUCAUCCAAUUACUGACUUUAAACAAGAAUCUAAUGUACCUGUAGUUAUAGGUUUGAAUUCGGGCGAAGGUGGAGUAUUUGCAGCAUGUAAGUAGAAUUAUAAAUUGAAUUAUUUAACAUCAAAAACAUUAACUUUAUUUGUAUUACUAUGUCUAUCAAUGAAGAUAUAUUUUAAA